UGAUAACCUCAUUAGGCAAUUUUUUCUUGUUGACGAGAGAAAUAUCAUUUAUUUAUUUUUUAUUUUUCUAUUAUGGAAAAUAAUAUAUUAGUCUAUAUCAAGGAAACAAAAGAAGCCGAGCAAGAGGUGAACAUAUUAAAGAAGCAAUUAGAGCAACUAAAACUUUGUAUUCAGAAUAGCGAUUUGUUAAUUGCUGAUCCCGAAAUUUCUAAGUUGAAUACUCAAAAUACUAAAUUAAAACACAGGCUGUCAAUAUUGAAUCGAGCAAUCAUGAUAGAAUCUUCUAAAACUAAAUCAUCUACUGAUGAAAAUUAUCAAAGUAUAUCAAAUAUACUGAAUAUCCUCUUCUCAGCAGCUAUAAGUCUAGCCUGUGACGAUAUUGCUGAUGCCCCUAUUGACAUUGCGUUAUCAGGUAAUAAUCCUAAAUUUGCUGAUUAUCAGUGUAAUUCAGCAUUACAGAUUGCAAACCUGUACAAGAAACUGGGCAAAAAAGUUAAUCCAAGAGAAAUAGGCCAAAAAAUAAUACAAAAUGUACCCUCGCAUAAGUUAAUAGCAAAACUGGAAUUAGCAGGUCCUGGUUUCAUUAAUAUAUAUUUAAAUAAAGAAUUUGCAGUGGAAGCACUUACAAAACUAUUGAAUGAAGGUUUAAAACCCCCACCAAUAUCGAAAAAACUCAAAAUUGUAGUCGAUUUUUCUUCCCCAAAUAUUGCCAAGGAAAUGCAUGUUGGCCACUUAAGGUCUACUAUUAUUGGUGAGAGUAUCUGCCGACUUUUGGAGUAUCUAGGUCAUACUGUAUUGCGUCUAAACCAUGUUGGUGACUGGGGUACUCAGUUUGGAAUGUUGAUUGCUCAUCUUCAAGAAAAAUUUCCUAAUUAUUUAAUUAGCCCUCCACCGAUUAGUGAUUUACAGCAGUUGUAUAAAGAGUCGAAGAAGAGGUUCGAUGAAGAUGAAGAGUUUAAGAAAAGGGCUUAUAGUAGUGUGGUCAAAUUGCAAUCAUUUGAUCCUGAUCAUAAAAAAGCGUGGGAAUUAAUUUGCAAUGUAUCAAGAAAAGAGUUUCAGAAAAUCUAUGAUCGGCUCGAUGUCAGUUUAGUUGAACGUGGCGAAUCCUUUUAUCAGGACAGAAUGGAACAACUCGUCAAGGAACUGGAAAGUCGCGGGCUGUUGGAGGAGGACGAAGGGAGAAAGGUGAUGUGGGGUGACACAAGUAUUCCGCUAACUGUAGUUAAGUCCGAUGGCGGUUUCACGUAUGACACUUCCGACAUGGCGUGCCUCAAACAGAGGCUUCAUGAAGAAAAAGCAGAUUGGGUCAUUUACGUAACUGAUUUGGGGCAAGCCACCCACUUCAAUUCAUUGUUUGGGUGUGCGAAAAAAGCUGGUAUAUUGGACGAGAAAGUGCAUAAAGUAACCCACGUCGGAUUCGGCGUUGUAUUAGGAGAAGACAAGAAAAAAUUCAAAACACGUUCCGGCGACACCGUAAAACUGCUCGAUUUACUGGAGGAAGGAUUGAAACGAGCCUCAGAGAAAUUGAAAGAGAAGGGGCGGGACAAGGUGUUAACUUGGGAAGAAUUAAAAAAGGCUCAGGAAUCGGUGGCUUACGGGUGCAUUAAAUAUGCGGAUUUAUCUCACAACAGGAAUCACGAAUAUGUAUUUUCUUUCGAUAAAAUGUUGGAAGACAGAGGAAACACCGCAGUCUAUUUGCUUUACGCCUAUACCCGUAUUAAAUCCAUCGCUCGUAAUGCAAAUAUGACGCCGGACAAAAUCAGGGAACUGGCCAAAACGAACCGGGUGUCGCUCGAAGACGACAAAGGCUGGAAACUGGGAAAGGUACUGAUUCGUUUUCCCGACGUCCUCUUGAAAUCUGCGGACGAUCUUUGUCUGCAUCCCUUGUGCGAAUACCUAUACGAGAUCGCCACAACGUUUACGGAAUUUUACGAUUCCUGUUAUUGCAUGGAGAGGGACACGAGCGGUGACGUGGUGAAGGUUCACGUCGGUAGAAUUUUGUUGGCCGAAGCCGCCGCGACAAUUAUGGCGACCUGUUUCGAUAUUUUAGGAAUUAAACCGGUCAGCAAAAUGUGAAAUAAAGGG